AUGUCUGAUUCUGAAAUAGAAUCAAAAUCACAAAAAGAAGAAGAAGAAGAAGAAGAACAAGGAGGAGAAGAAGAGUUACCUCGUGAGUCGUCUGCAACAUCAUCUGAACAAGAACAUACUUCUGAUAUUGUUGAAUCUAUAGAUGAUCAAUCAAAACCUGAUAUAACUGUAGUCUGUACUAUAUGUGAACGUUAUGUAAACAUUUGCGAUUUAACAACACACAUGGUGUAUCAUAAUGCGUUACGAUUAUUUAAACUUAAAGAGGCUCCAGCUACAAUAGAAAUAUUACUUAAACAACGUGAAGUAAUCAUUCAACGUAUGCAACGUUUAAAAAUAUCUGAGGAAUCUUAUUUAAAAUAUGUUAAAACAAUUAAUGAUACAUUUCAAAUUUUAAAACGAACUAUUGAUCCUUAUGAUUAUCUAGAUGAUUCACAUAUAUAUGAUAAUAAUGAAGCAUCGAAUGUUCAAGGGUUGAGUUUUAUACCACAUAAUCGACUAUUUCUUAGUAUUGGUAUGUGUACAAGUCAAAAUAAACAAUAUAAAGUCGAUAUGGAAGAUACAAUGAAAUUUAUUGAUUGUUUCGGUGGUAAUGAAAAGUUUGCUUAUUUUGGAUUAUUUGAUGGUUAUAAUGGAAAAGCUGCUAGUUCAUUAUGUCGAGACUAUCUACAUGAAGCAAUUCUCUUAGAAAUGUCUAAAUUAUUAAAAGAUAUGAAUAGUUCUGAAGUAGAAGAUGCGUUAAUAAAUCGUCUUUAUACACGUAUGAUUGAUCCGUUACGUAAUAAUAGUGAUAUAAAAGAUAUUGGUGAUGUGUAUCCUUUGGCUUAUUUAAAAAUGGAUCAUUUUCUAUCACGUGGUAUGCAUGAAACAUCUAGUGUUCGUUGGAGUGGUACAUCAGCAUUAACAGCUGUAGUUGUACUAAAUGAUACAAUCGAUGAAUCACUCGUUGAUAUAGAAGAAUAUAAUGAAGGAAAAACUUCGAUUAGUCUUGGUCAGAUUCAUAUAGCUAAUUGUGGAAAUGUUGAAGCAUUAGCUAUUCAACCUGAUAAAGCAUUUUUAAUGACACAAAAACAUACAUUAAAUAAUAAAUAUGAACGUCAAAGAAUAUUAGAUGCAGGUAUUAAAAUAAGUCAGAAUGAAUUAAUCGAUGGUGUAUUUGAAACAACACGUGGAUUAGGUAAUCAUGGUGAUAAAGAUCUCAAAAAAUGUGUUAUUAACGCACCUUAUUGUUUAACAUAUGACAUUGAUUCAUCAAUUGAAUGUAUUAUAUUAGCUACUGAAGGUCUUUGGCAAGCACUUGAUUAUGAUGUUGUUGUUGAUAUUGUUACACAAUGUUUACCAUCACAUGAAAUACCAGAAUCAAAGCGUAAUCAUACAGCAGUUCAAUCUGUACUUGAAAAAUACGAUCCAUCAAUAAUCAUACCUUAUCUACCUAAUGAAGAUGAAGUUAUUGCUUGUAUGGAUGAAAUAUUAGAUUUAUUCGAAGAAGAAAAUGAUAAUGAUGAGAUAAAUAAAAUAUAUUUUUCAUCGAUACGUAAUCAUGGUGUACAAUGUUCGGAAACUGAAAUUCAACGAGAUGUAUUUGAUUCUCUACCUGAUAAAUAUCGUCUUCGUUUAGAAUUAUCUCAAAUCAUAACUGAACGACUUGUUUCAGCUGCACUUCUAGCACAAUCAAAAUCAAACAUAAGUGUUCUUUGUCUUUUAUUACCCGGUGCCGCUGUUUAA